AUGGCGAAAAUGGCAUUUCAACACCAGGCUGGAACAGCUAUGGAGUGUCUUAGUAUACCUAUAACACUCCAGAAGGAAGCUGGUGUUGACUCAGAAGGAAGAGAAGUUAUGAAAUGUGGUUUUAAAAUUGGCGGUGGAAUUGACCAAGAUUUUCGCAAAAGUCCACAGGGAUACACUGAUAAUGGUAUCUAUGUAACAGAAGUACAUGAAGGAAGCCCUGCAGCAAAAUCUGGAUUGAGAAUGCAUGACAAAAUACUGCAGUGCAACGGCUAUGACUUCACGAUGGUAACACAUAAAAAAGCAGUAAGCUAUAUAAAGAAACAUCCAAUCUUGAACCUAUUAGUGGCAAGGAAAGGUGUUACAUCUACAUAA